AUGGACGGUGGUCAGCCCAGCCUCGGCUUCCUCCGCCUCCAGCGCAUGGAGGUUGUGGGCGCAGCUGUCGCUGUACGGAAUCACCAAAGUGGUGUCUGUGGCGUAGCGCAAAGACCUGAUGAGCUCCUUGGUCGUCUCGAUAUCCCCCACGCCGGUGUACACCUCGUCGUGGUUCACCGCGACGAAGUUGCUCACCCAGAUGUGCUCCAGCGCCUCGAACACGCUUAUGCGCGCUGCCGGGUUCGGCUGAAGCAUCUUCAUAAUCAGGUCCUUGGCGCAAGUGGACACCGUAUCCCACUGGUGCCCGUCGAAAUGAACGCGGUAGUGCCCACUCAGGUCGAGGGGCUGCGUCAGCAGCUCGUUAGGGCCGCACAGCGUCGAGAGGCCGAAGUCCGUCAGCUUGAUCGUCGCUGCCUCGCUUUUGUCGGUGAGUAG